UGGGGAGUUGCUAGAGGGAAAAUGGAUUCUUUAUUUCACGUCCUGGUUUCUACCUGUCUUGCCUUGACAUUUUCAGAAGGGUUUCUGAUUAUCCAUGUCCAGAAACAGCAGUGUCUUUCAGAAAAGAGAGGAGUCAUUAUGGAAAAGUGCAAUAUGACCAACCUCAACCAGCAGUGGCAGUGGACAACAGAUGACAGGCUCCUCCAUGUGAAAUCCGCCCAGUGCCUGAGCAUCUCUACACGCUCUGCCCUGUCAUCUCGCAGCAUCGUUGUUGAUUGUCCCCAGGCAGUCAGGUGGACUUGCCAGGAGGAGGAUGGGCUCCUGAAGGUGGCCAACAGCUCUCUCUUUCUUACAAAGCAAGGCCAGAAGGUAAUGGCCAAGCAGAGUAAGAAAUACCUUCAUACAUGGAUGCAGCUAGAAGCCAGCGAGACGGGAAAACCUGUGUAUGUAAAUCUGUGCUCAAAGCAAGAUCUUCAAGAUGCAGACACUUCUAUAUGGAGUACUAUAACUACAUCUCCCCCUUUAAACGCUGUUACACCUGGGCCUGAAAAUCUGCUGAAGAGCAGCACAGAGAUGUUCAUCAGAAACGUGACUGGACACUUGAGUAAAAAUCUCAUUGAAAACCUCUACCUUGACUUGAAAUCUGCGGUAACAGAGAAAGCCUGGAUUCCAACUACUCUUCAGUACUCGAGCACUACAGAAGAGGCCGCGCCGGGGGAGGCGGCGGGACCGGGAUGCAGCGCCAACCUGACGGAGCAGCGGGUCGCCGGGCAGAGCCUCCGGCUGCGGUGGGACGCCGCCGGCCCCUCCUGCAACUUCAGCCUGAGCGGGCGCUCGGAGGACGGGGAGGCGGCCGGCUGCCAGCCCGCCCCCGCGGGCAACGGCUCCUACGGCUGCAGCCUGCGGGGCCUGCGGGCCGGCACCUGGUACCACCUCCGCAUCGAGCCGCUGCCCGACGGGGAGCCCCUCAACGUCUCCCUGCAGACAGAUCCCUUACCACCACCUCGUUUUGAAAUUAAUAAGGAAAAAACUACCCUCACAAGCCUACAGGUUCAGUGGGAUCCUUCCUCAGGAAAGGUGGACUUGUAUAACCUGGUAUUAUUUGAUCACAGUAAUAAAAAGAUACAAGAAGUCUCCAUACCAGGAAGAAUUUCAAAAACGGAAAACACUUUUUCCAGUCUCAUCCCUGGGAACAAAUACAACAUUGUCCUCAGUGCAGUCGCUGGAAACAAGAGUACCCCAGAACUUCACAUAAGUGGAUCUACUGUGCCGUCCCCUGUGAAAAAUAUUCAGAUCAGUGUCAAGACAGAUUCUAUUCACGCUUCGUGGUCUCCUGGUUCUGGGCACGUGGAUCGUUACAGGCUGGUGUUGCUGGAUAAUCAUGCCCCAGUUCAUGAAGUUCACCAAGAAGAUCCUUUGACCUCCUACACUUUUUCAGGACUUACAGCAGGCCAUGUGUAUAACCUCUCUAUCAUAACCCAGGCUGCAGGAUUGGAGAGCAGCAGUUUUCAAACUGUCAGGACAGCCCCAGCUGAAGUUUUAGAUUUGACGGUGACUAACGAUGACAGCUUAGAUACUUUAAAAGUUAAGUGGCGAAGACCUUCGGGAAACCUCAAUUUCUAUAAUAUCAGUCUGUCUCAUCUUGGAUCAGUUAAAGAAGUCAAAACUCUGCAGCCACCGGUGACAGAGACUCACUUUGACAAGCUGACUCCAGGACGUCUUUAUCAGGUUACUGCCCGCACAGUCAGCGGUGAACUGUUUACCGAUCGGAUGGCAACUGGCAGGACGUUUCCCCAGGCGGUGUCGGAGCUGAGCGCCGGCGGCGGUGGCGGGCUGCGGUCUCUGCGAGUGGCCUGGCUGCCCCCUGCCGGAGACUGGGAGCGGUACCGCCUGCUGCUGUGGAACGGCUCGGCCCUGCUGCUCAACGCCACCCUGCACAGGGACACCACCCAGUACCUCCUCCAGGACAACGGCCUCAUCCCGGGCAGGCAGUACGGCGUGGACCUCCUUGUGGAGAGUGGGGAUUUGCAGAGCAAAACCAGCUGCACGGGGAGAACAGCUCCAGAGCCUGUGCUCCAGCUCCGUGUGAAGCAUGCUAAUGAAUCUUCACUUAGUGUCAUGUGGAUGACCCCUGUGGCAGAAUGGGACAGCUAUGUGGUUUCACUGGGAGACAGGGAUCUUACUGUCAUAAAAAAAGGGCUUGCAAAAGAAGCUAAGGAAUUCACUUUCACUGACUUGGUACCUGGAAGAAAAUAUACAGCUACCAUCACUACCAUUAGUGGGAUUUUAAGCAACUGGACUUCAGUGGAAGGAAGAACAGUGCCCGCCCAAGUAACUGGUCUGACCGUGUCAAGUGAGGGAUCAAGCAACAGCUUGUUCACCAACUGGACGAGAGCGCUGGGAGAUGUAGACUCAUACCAAGUGCUACUGAUUCAUGAGAAUGUUGUCAUUAAAAAUGAGACUGUUCCCAGUGAAACCAACAAAUACCACUUCUAUUCCCUGAAACCUGGAGGACUCUAUUCAGUUGUUGUCACCACUGUCAGUGGGGGAAUUUCUUCAAGGCAAACGAUUGCAGAGGGGAGGACAGUUCCUUCCAGCGUGACUGGAGUAACAGUAAAUAACUCAGGUCGCAGUGACUACCUCAGUGUCUCUUGGCUACCAGCUUCUGGAGAUGUAGACAGUUAUUUGGUAACACUCUCUCAUGAUGACAAGAUUGUUCAGACUCUCACCGUUUCCAAAUCCUUCAGUGAAUGCUCCUUCAGCAGCCUUACUCCUGGGACGCUUUACAAUGUCAUGAUAACCACGAAGAGUGGAAAGUAUGAAAAUUAUUCCUUCAGCCAGGAACGAACAGUCCCUUCAAGUGUUCAGGGACUUACUGUCAGCAAUUCAGCCAGGAGUGACUACUUGAAGGUGUCUUGGUUACAUGCCUCUGGAUAUUUUGAUAAUUAUGAAGUGAUCAUCAAGAACAACAAUGACUUCAUCCAAACAAAAAGUGUCCCAAAGGAUGAAAAUGAAUGUGUGUUCACUAAUCUGGUCCCAGGGAGGCAGUACAGUGUCACGGUCAGCACAAGGAGUGGGAAAUAUGAAACUAGUGAAAGAGUCUAUGGCAGAACAAUGCCAGAGUCAGUAAAGGAACUGACUCUUAGUAACAGGAGCACAGAAGAUCUGCAGGUAACUUGGUCAAAGGCUGAGGGGGAUGUUGAUAAAUAUGAGGUUCAGCUUCUCUUCAAUGAUAUGAAGAUCUUCCCACCCAUUUUCCUUGGGAACACGAUUGAGGAGUAUUGGUUCACAGCUCUGACUCCAGGACGUCUGUACAAAAUUCUUGUCUUGACAAUCAGUGGAGAUGCACAACGUGCCACUUUCAUAGAAGGCCUAACAAUUCCAAGUGCAGUCAGAAACAUUCACGUGUCACCUAAUGGCCUGACAAACAGCCUGAAAGUGAGCUGGACUCCUGGAAGUGGAGAUGUGGAUUCCUACACAGUGACUAUCUUUCAGCAAAACCAUCAGCUUGAUUCCCAGAGUGUCUCCAAGCACGUCUCUGAGCACAUGUUUCACAAGCUGGAAGCUGGGGAGCAGUACCGGGUGGUGGUGCAAUCGAACAGUGGCACCUUGCACAACAGCUUAGCAGCUUUUGGGAGAACAAUUCCAGCCUCGGUCCAGGAAUUACUAGCCCAUCAUGCUUACAGCUCUCAUUCCUUGUUAGUAACCUGGCAGAAAGCUCCUGGUGUAGCUGAAAGAUAUGAUAUUCUGCUCCUGAAUGAGCAAGGAAUCCUCCUGAGCAACAAAUCAGAGCCAGCUACUGCCAAACAGCACAAAUUUGAAGAUUUAUUAGCCGGCAAGAAGUAUAAAAUACAAGUUUUGACAGUCAGUGGCGGGCUUUUCAGUAAACGAGCAGAAACUGUUGGCCGAACAGUUCCAGCAGCUGUCACAAAUCUGAAGGUCACAGAGAACACCACUGACCGACUGUCCUUCAGCUGGACCACCUCGCAAGGGGAGCUCGAUUCAUAUGACAUCUUCCUGUACAACCCAGACAAAUCCCUUCAUGACAGGAUUUCAGGAGAGCAGAACCUCCAGAACUGUUCAUUCCAGAACCUGCGGCAAGGCAGGAUGUAUCGAAUGGUGAUUGUUACGCGCAGCGGAGACCUCGUUAACGAGUCAUCUGUCUUUGGAAGAACAGUACCAGCCCCAGUUGUGGGUCUCAAGGCAUCCAACCGAAACAUGACAGACAGUCUGUGGUUCACCUGGGGUCCAGCAGCAGGAGAUGUUGACUUCUAUGAGCUGAGUCUUUACAACCCAAACGGGACACAGAAAGAAACAUGGCACAGGAAAGACCUGAAAGAGUGGCAUUUCCAGGGGCUCAUUCCUGGCAGAAAGUACACUCUGGUCGUGGUGACUCACAGUGGGGACCUGACCAACACAGCAAACGCUGAAGGAAGAACAGCACCCAGCCCUCCUAACACUGUGUCAUUUACGGAUGUUGCAAAUACUUCUUUAUCAAUCACUUGGCUGGGUCCUCCAGACUGGACAGACUAUGACGAUUUUGAGUUGCAGUGGCUUCCAAAAGACCCCCUCACAGUAUUCAAUCCCUACAGCAGCAGCAAAUCAAAAGUACGCAUCAUCUAUGGCCUGCGACCAGGCAGACUCUAUGAGUUCAGUGUCAGAACGGUCAGUGGUGACAGCUGGAAGACAUACAGUCAGUCACAGGCUGCAAGUGUGAGAACAAAACCAGACAAGAUACAAAGCCUUCAUUGUCGGCCCCAGACCUCUACUGCCAUUGCGUGUUCCUGGACUCCUCCUGAUUCUGACUUUGAUGGGUAUAGCGUUGAAUGCAAAAAACUGGACACCCACGAAGUGGAAUUUUCUAAAAGGAUAGAAAAAGACAAAUCUCUGCUUAAUAUCAUGACUCUCGUUCCCCACAAGCGAUACCUGGUGUCCAUCAAGGUGCAUUCUGCAGACAUGACGAGCGAAGUAGUGGAAGACAGCACCAUCACAAUGAUUGACCGUCCCCCUCAGCCACCUCCAGACAUACGGGUGAACAAAAAAGAGGUGCUGAUUACCAAAUCCUCCAUCAACUUUACUUUUAACUGCAGCUGGUUUAGUGAUACCAAUGGAGCUGUGAAGUACUUUACUGUAGUUGUGAGGGAGGCUGAUGGUAGUGAAGGACCGAAGCCUGAUGAGCAGCACCCAUUACCUUCCUACCUGGAGUACAAACACAAUGACUCCAUACGCAUCUACCAGACAAAUUAUUUUGCCAGUAGAUGUGCUGAAAACCCUGACAGUGACUAUAAAAGCUUUGACAUUAAGCUUGGAGGAGAAAUGGAAAAUUUGGGAGGAAGGUGUGAUCCAGAUCAGCAAAAAUUCUGCGAUGGACCUCUAAAGCCUCGGACUGCUUAUAGGAUCAGCAUACGGGCUUUUACCCAGCUCUUCAGCGAAGACCCAAAGGAGCUCCCUAAACCGCUCUUUGCAGACACCUUCUUCUCUUUACCAAUCACUACGGAGGCAGAGCCUCUGUUUGGAGUUAUUGAAGGUGUGAGUGCUGGCUUGUUUCUCAUUGUCAUGUUAGUUGCUGUUACUGCUUUAUUUGUCUGCAGACAAAAAGUUAGCAACGGCCAUGAAAGAUCUACAGCAAGGCUGAGCAUUCGCAGGGACAGGCCACUCGCAGUCCAUCUGAACUUGGGACCAAAAGGGAACCGGAAAACUUCCAGUCCGAUCAAAGUCAGUCAUUUUGAAGCACACUUCACCAAACUUCAAGCAGACUCCAACUACCUCCUGUCCAAGGAGUAUGAGGACUUAAAAGAUGUGGGUCGAAACCAGACGUGUGACAUAGCACUUCUGCCAGAGAACAGAGGGAAGAAUCGAUACAAUAAUAUAUUGCCCUAUGAUACAUCAAGAGUGAAGCUUUCCAAUGUGGACGAUGACCCUUGCUCAGACUACAUUAAUGCAAGCUACAUACCAGGCAAUAAUUUCCGCAGGGAAUACAUAGCAACUCAGGGCCCUUUGCCUGGUACCAAAGAUGAGUUCUGGAAGAUGGCAUGGGAACAAAAUGUUCACAAUAUUGUCAUGGUAACCCAGUGUGUUGAGAAGGGCCGGGUGAAGUGUGAUCACUACUGGCCUCUUGACCAGGAUUCCUUGUACUAUGGAGACCUGAUCGUUGAAAUGCUGUCUGAAUCAGUGCUCCCAGAAUGGACAAUACGAGAGUUUAAAAUCUGCAGUGAAGAGCAGCUUGACUCAACGAGGCUCAUUCGUCACUUCCACUACACUGUCUGGCCAGAUCAUGGUGUGCCAGAGACCACCCAGUCCCUGAUCCAGUUUGUCAGAACUGUAAGGGAUUAUAUCAACAGGACCCCAAACACAGGACCAGCCAUCGUGCACUGCAGUGCUGGUGUCGGCAGGACUGGCACAUUCAUUGCACUGGAUCGAAUCCUGCAGCAGCUGGAUUCAAAGGACACUGUCGACAUUUAUGCAGCAGUGCAUGAUCUAAGGCUUCACCGGGUUCACAUGGUUCAGACAGAGUGUCAAUAUGUGUAUCUACAUCAAUGUGUAAGAGAUGUAUUAAGAGCCAGAAAACUUCGCAGUGAACAAGAAAAUCCCUUGUUUCCAAUAUAUGAAAAUGUGAAUCCAGAGUAUCACAGAGAUGCUGUUUAUUCAAGGCACUAAGAAUGUUACAGACAACUGCUUUUGUGACCACAUUUGUUAUCUAGGGGUUUGGUUUGGGUUUUUUAAUGUAUGUAUUUCAUGCACUAGAAAGGCACCAGACCUUUCUAUUGAGACUGUGUAUAAUUUAUUGGUCUGGUGAUUUUUUAAAAAGAUAUAUAAUUUAAGUGUAAUAGAUAUUAAUGUAUAUAAUUGUAUUUUGGCAUUAUGUAAAUAUGUAUUUUUUCUAUAUUGUUUAUAUUAAUAUUAAGCUUCAGAUUAUACUAUUUUUUUUCUUAUCACAGUUUUUAUGAACUGUUCUACAUAAACUAUUUUAAAUUGUAUGGCUAACAGGACUGCUGCGUUUGGGGCAGGUUAUGUAAUGGCAUGUAACACACAGGAAAAAAUCCUAUAAGGAGAACCUCAUUUUUUUUUUUUAACUAGUCCAGUGUUUGUGAGAUGAAAUAAGCUACUAUUAAGCAAGGGAACAGUAGUCCUGUAUAGGAAUUACAACGCUACUCUACACUUUAAACUUAACUGCUUGUGAUCUGAAGAAAAUGGGCAUAACCCGUAACACAAUGACAUACCUUUUACAGAACUCAUCAACAGCCAAACAAAACAGGUCCACCUCACUAGAAGCAACUGUUUCAGUCUAAUGUGACAUAGUAGAAAAAUAUCAAACAACACACGCUGCAGUGAAGUCUAGCAGACCUUCCUCCCCCUUACACGCGUUGAGGGAAGACAGGUCACAUCCUAAUUUCUUUAUACUGGUUUAAGAGAGCAGAAUCAGAGCACAGCCUGUGUCUGUGCAUUUUCACUUGCGUACAAUUAUCAUGAGAAAGGUGUUUGAGGAAAAGCCUCAGACAUUUCAAUUAACAGACCUCUAAGGAUGGGAAAUCUGGCAACUCCCAUAGCUCAUUAAAAACAAUGCUGUAUCGCAACAGCUAAAAAAGUAGAUUAUAAACAUAUUGAAAUAAAGAUAUAUAAAGUUUACACAACUGGCUUCGGCCUGAAGCUGCUAGCAGCAUGGCUGCCUUGGCCUAAGUGUUGGACUCCUUCAAAUGCCACUUGCUUUCACAAAGGGAAAGCUUGGCCCCAGCAUGUCCACAUAGAAAGACUACUUUGCUUAGAUGUUGCCUGAUGUCACCACCACAAGGUCAGUUGGAACAGAAAAAGGCUCAUCAGUAAACCAGGCGAUGUAGGCUGGCAAGGUUCUGCUAAUCAUGGGAUGACUCAAAAGCAUUUUGUGAUUAGCAAGAGGUACAAUCGAAGAGCACUCACCGGGUAUCCUGCCCAGCCAAGCGAACGAGGCACAUCCUCUCUCCUCUGCAAAGAGGCUUCUCAUUCAAGGGAGUGAUUUGAAUACUCUGUUCAGCUGUUCUUUAUCUUGACAAAAUGUUCUUCAUGCAAAUAGAGAAGAGGUAGCACACAGUUGUUCUCCAUUACAAAAAGAAGGGCUUGAUAGUUCUCCUUUUAUAUAUAUCUACUCAUAGUUUGCCUAGAGAAAACUUAGCCUGCUGCUAAAAACAAGUGCCUAAAUUCCACUUUCAUUUUGAAGAGAAAUGAAUACUUCUGAAUGCCUCCAGAGAACCAGCCAAUACACCUAAGUGCCUAAGUGAAGAACUGCUGUGGCCCUGGGCCAAGACUACUGUAAUUUCACCAUGACUUACUGGAGCCACAUUCUCCUUGCAGUAGUAACACCUGCCUGAUGAUGGCUGAAGAAAUCAGAUGGCAAAGCAACUCUGACAUAGUUUUCUUAAAUCAUUCCAAAGCUGAACCAGCAGGACUAUGCACAGCUGUGUCACUCUGGUUUUCCUAGAGAAAAGGGAACAGCCUGAUAGUCUCUCUUCCUUCUUACUCCAUCUGGAGUCUCAUCCUUUCUUGAUGAAAUACCAUCAUGUGCCUCAGAAGCCACCCUUCAUAUCAGCUUUCACAGAUGCUUAGAACGUGUAAGCUUGGUUAACCUUUCAGGUGUCUCUGUAUGAAAAUACUUCUCCUUCAUCUUGUACAUCCUCUUUGGCCCCACACAAACCUCAAGAUACACUAGCCAUUUUCACAGAGGGAAAUCUCAGCAAAACCACAAAGAACCGUGCAUAUUUUCUGCACGUUUCCCCUUUCUUCUGUGUUUCUUUUGCUAGACAGACUCUAGGUUAGCAAGCAAGGAUGAACAGGCAUGGCAGCUUUAGAUCGAUCAUUGACCUUGCUAAUAACAGCUGAACUUAGGGCAUCAUGAAAAUUGCUGUUGUGUUACGUGCGCUGCAUUUAGUCCUUUCUUUUUGCAGCGGCAGCUGAGGAAUGAAGAGCACCAUGUUAGUUACCAGCAGUACAAUUACACUGUGAAGACGUACCAUAUGUACCCUUAUAAAUUAUCUCAUGCUAUAUAUCACUGUGUCAUUUUUUAUGCUGAGGGAAAUGGAACUCACUCAAUAAUAUAUGAUCUGAGGGCAAAAGUGUGAUUGUAUACUAUGUAUGCAACUUGUUCAUCAUUUCCAGAAAGUCACACAUUGUUCUGCUCUUUAUUUUGACAUUGUUUCUUGGCUCCCUCUGCACCAAUGGAGUUCACAAAUCUGCACCCAAAACGAUGAUGUCGUAGCAGACAGCUAUUUUCAUCUUUUCUCUCAGAUGAUAAUGAAACAGUUCAUAAGCUUCUUCCUCCUCAUCACUUAAUAACGUGACAGAUGACCUUAAACACUGGCACAAUGCUCUUGAGCAGCUUUACCUGCUGCUAGCUAGGUCACGCGUGAGACUGUACACACACAUUAUUGCUCUGGUUCUGCUUUCUAGCCAAUUCUGGUCAUAUGAAACCAGUGUAAAUCCACUGAGAAUAGGUAAAAAGUAUCUAUGUAGCAUUUUGUUAAUAUAAGACACCUACUUAUCAACAUAAUUAAUUAUAUUUACUGUGCCUCUAAGCUGAAUAACAGGACUGAUGGGAAAUUGUUAUUCUAAUAAGAAUGGACUCGAAGGAGCAAAGAGAACUCUUAAGGAAAAAGACAUCUCUCACUGAAGAGGAUGUUUCUGUUUUGAAUGUCCAGGAAUGAUGCUCAGAAUUCCCUUCUUGAUGUUUCCCAAUAAUAAUGUUAUAAAGCAAGGUUGGUGUUGUCGCUGAUCCAUAAGCUAAGAUUUGCACACUUGGAGCCCAGUCUUGUGAACCUCUGUGUUGUCCACAAAGCUACCUGAGGACUUUCAUGAAAGUCAACUGGAAUGCUUACCUGAAGAAUACCGUUCCACUUCUGAAGCACUUGCAGGGUUGGGCUUUUAGGUUAAUUCAAAUUUUUUGUAUUGAAAGUUAUUUAAUAAUGAAAAAAAAAGUAAUAAAUGUUUUUUUAAUCUGUGCAAUACAAUUACAAAAUCCACUACCGAUUGUAAAAAAAAAAAAAAAAAAAAAAAAAAAUUUAAAAA